AUGGGAAAUUCUUACGCCGGGCAGCUCAAGACAACCAGAUUCGAAGAAGUAUUGCAUAAUUCUAUUGAGGCCUCUCUCCGCUCAAACAACUUAGUCCCGAGACCAAUCUUUUCUCAGCUGUAUUUGGAAGCCGAGCAGCAACUUUCAUCACUAGAAGCAGGCAGCAGAGUGGAUAAUGAGGAAGAAGAGGAGGAGGAGGAAGAAGAAAGUUCAGAAUCAAGUAGCCCUCCUCUCUCUUAUCAGAUGAAACCUCCUCCUGAAGGCUGCUGCACUACUGAUGGUUUCUGCCAGGCUGGUAAAGACUUGAGGCUGGUAUCCAUUUCCAAUGAUCAAAUUGAGGUGCCUUCGGGUUUUUUACUUGUUGGUGCUAAAUCGCCAAAUCUGCCUGAUCACCUUUUAGUGUGUGCCGUAGAUAAAAGAUUCUUGCCAGAUGACAAUGGGCGUAAUGCCCUGUUAGGUUUCUCUGGCAAUUGUGUUGGCUGUGGCAAGAAGGGCUUCUGCUACUUUACUGAAUUUUCAAAUCACAUCAAUCUUAAACUGACCACUCAGCCCAAGAAACAGAAACACUUAAAGUAUUAUCUGGUCAGGAAUGCACAAGGAGCUCUUACCAAAGGAUCUGUAAUCUGCUGGAAAGGGGCAGAGUUCAGAGGCCGACAGGCUUCAUCUGGUCCUUGUUCAAGCACUUUGUUCCAACCUCCAGAGAGUUCUGGUCCCCCGCUAAUCACCACAAGUGAGCUUGUUCCAGCACCAAACCCAAAUGCUCCGGCUGGGACUCAACAAACAGGCACAAUAUCUGAUCAUCUCCCAUCAACAGCAGCGUUAGGUUCAACUGUUUACAAUGGCAAAGAUUCUCCCAAACAACAGCUGGUGAAAAAUAACCUGCCAGCUCUGACAAGACCAUCAGUCUUAGGCACUUUAACAAAUUCAGGGCCUCCUAAAAAGCGCCACAAAGGAUGGUCUCCAGAGUCGCCAUCAUCGACUGAAACUUGGAACUUGCAGCCCAACCUGCAGACUCCAAAUAGAAAUAAAAAUGAUGUGGGAGGACUAUCAUGUUUGACACAUUCUACUCUGGUGGGACCAGUCUCUUCUCCAAUGGUGGCCUCUGGAGAACCAGUUUCUGUUCCUGAUAACUUGCUGAAAAUAUGUAAAGCAAAACCAGUUAUAUUUAAAGGUCAUGGGAACUUCCCUUAUCUUUGUGGGAACCUUAAUGACAUUAUAGUCAGCCCUCUUUUGUACACCUGUUACAGAAAUUCACAGUCCAUAUCUAGGGCUUAUGAACAGUACGGUGCCUCUACAAUACAGCCUAUUUCAGAGGAAAUGCAGCUUUUACUAACCGUCUAUUACCUUGUUCAAUUAGCUCCAGACCAGGUUCCUUUGAUUGAGGAUUUGGAACAAAUAUUCAUGCGCUCGUGGCGGGAGUCGCACCUCUCUGAAAUUCGUCAGUAUCAACAGGCCAUUCCACAGGCUUUCCCUCCGAUUCCCAGCCAGAUUGCACCAAUGACAUCGGCCCAGCUUCCCUGGCUAGCAGGGCUGGCAGCCAGCUCUUGCAAUGACAGCGUCCAUAUCAUCGAGUGCAGUUACUCUCUGGCAGAGGGACUUUCAGAAAUGUUUAAACUGCUCAUUGAAGGGAAGCUAGUGAAGACGAACUAUGUGGUGAUCAUAUGUGCUUGCAGAAACAGAGCAUUAGAUUCCUGCAUUGCGGUAACAGGGAAGUACCAGGCACGAGUACUGUCUGAGAGCAUGCUUACCCCAGCAGAGUAUCAGAAAGAAGUUAACUAUCAACUAGUUACUGGGAAAGUGGAAACAUUGGGCUCUUUUUUUAGCACCCUUUGUCCAGAUGGUGACAUUGAGGUUCUGCUGGACAAGUUUUAUCAAGAAAAUCAAGGCCAGAGGUCUUCAUCUCUUUCUACUUCAGUGAAUAAGCCAACAGCAUUGGAUAUAACUGGAGCAGCUGUGUGCACAAGUUAUAAUGUUGAACGGCAUCAGAUUCGUCCAUUCCAGCUAGCAGUGGCUCAGAAAUUGCUGUCUCAUGUUUGCUCAAUUGCUGACUCCAGCACUCAAAAUCUUGAUUUGGGUUCCUUUGAGAAAGUUGAUUUUCUGAUUUGUGUUCCUCCCUCCGAAGUGACAUAUCAGCAGACACUGUUUCACCUCUGGCAUUCAGGUGUUUUAUUAGAACUUGGCUUAGAAAAGGAGCAGCUUACAAAGCAGAGGAUGGAACAAUAUGUUGUGAAGCUGGAUGCAGAGGCCCAGACUAAAUUUAAAGUCUUUUUGCAAAACUCUAUGCAGAAUCCACAUACACUGUUUGUACUUAUCCAUGAUCAUGCACACUGGGAUCUGGUGAGCGCUGUUCACAGCCUUUAUCCUCAAGCGGAACCAUCUGUGGGACUCGUUGAUAGAUUGUUGAACUGCAGAGAGGUGAAAGAGGCUCCAAACAUUUUGACACUCCAUGUGACUUCCUUCCCCUAUGCUCUGCAGACACAGCAUACUCACAUCAGCCCAUACAAUGAAAUCCACUGGCCUUCGUCAUACAGCAAUGGAAUAGAUCUAUACCAUGAAAACAAGAAAUAUUUUGGGUUGUCAGAAUUCAUUGAAUCCACCCUUUCUGGACACAGCCUUCCGUUACUUCGAUAUGACAGCUCUUUUGAAGCUAUGGUCAUGGCUUUAGGAAGAAGAUUUCCCAGAUUACACAGUGCAGUGAUAAGGACAUUUGUCCUUGUACAGCAUUACUCUGCAGCUAUGAUGGCAGUAAGUGGCCUGUCUCAGAUGAAGAAUUACACCUCAGUUGAAACUCUGGAAAUCACCCAAAACCUUAUAAACUCUUCAAGGCAAUGCCCUAGUGGUCAUGGCUUCAUGGUGGUGUUAAGAAUUCCUUGCAUUCCAUUGGCUGCUGUGGCGUAUGAACGACUUUAUCACGUAAGGGAAAGACUAUCCCUUGCAGAUAAUUUUGAAAUCAUCUUGGGAAAUCCUAAUUCUGGAAUCACCAUAGGGAAGCACUUUGUGGAGCAACUAAAGAUAUGGCAGAAAAUUGAAGAUGCGGAGUGGAGGCCACAGACCUAUUUGGAAUUAGAAGGUCUGCCUUGCAUAUUAAUAUUUAGUGGAAUGGACCCCCAAGGGGAAGCCUUGCCAAGAUCAUUGAGAUAUUGUGACCUACGUUUAAUAAAUUCCUCUUGCUUAGUAAGGACAGCCUUGGAGCAAGAGCUUGGCUUGGCAGCAUAUUUUGUUAGCUCAGAAAUCCACAUGGAGAAGGUGGUCGUGAAUGAUGUGUUGGAGAGUGACCCGGAGAAACUGAGCAGUACUGAUAAUGAAGAUGAAGAAAUAGUAACAGAAGGCUCCACUUCAGAAAAGAGAAGUCCUGUCAAAAGAGAGAGAUCACGCUCCCAUGACUCUGCAUCUUCAUCUCUGUCUUCAAAAGCUUCAAGUGUAGCAUUCUGCAUUGAAUCGUCUCCUCCUUUAGCAACACCAGGGGACAUAGCAAAAUCACCCCACCAAGUCCUAAGCAGCACUACUGAAGAGAACGCAAACAACUGCGAAAGGCAAAGGCAGAAAGUAGAAAAGGGGGCGCAAACGGUGAUCAGCAAGCACUUGCCAGCUGCAGCUGAACAGCUGGAUUCAAAACAGAACAUAAAAAGUGCCCAAAUUUCCAUCAACUCAUCGUCAUCACCUUUCUCCUCUUCUUCCUCUUCUUCUGCACCUACUCACAACUCCUUCAUCCUGCAGACGUCUCAGUGCUCCAUGACUAAAGCAUCGAAACAGCCCCCCAUUGUUUUCCUGCCUAAGCUGGUGUAUGACAUUAUUACUUCUACUGACAGCAGCGGACUUCCCAAGUCAUCUUCCCUCUUGCCUUAUCAUUCUGUGAUGUGGGCAAGUUCUUUCCGCCCUGUCAUGAGUAAAAUGAUGACCUGCACGGAGCAGUCUCUAUACUAUCGCCAGUGGACAGUUCCCAAACCAAUCCAUAUGGACUACAAUAAUAGAAAUGAGGGCAGAAUGGACACCUUUCACCCAAGGAGGCUGCUGCUGAGUGGGCCACCUCAGAUAGGAAAAACGGGAGCCUAUCUUCAGUUCCUCAGUAUCUUGUCCAGAAUGCUGAUUAGACUGACGGAAGUGGAUGUUUAUGAUGAGGAAGAAAUCAAUAUUAAACUCCAAGAAGAAUCAGAUCAAUGUUAUCACCAGCCAGGAGACAUGUGGCCUGAUUUGGAGACAUUUAAGAAGAUACCUUUUGACUACACUGUUCAUGAUCCGAAAUAUGAAGAUGCAAGUCUGAUUUGUACAAGGCUUCAAAAUAUGAACAGUGAUGACAGAUCAAUGGGCAGAAAACAGGAGGACAUGUAUAUGCGCCGUCAGACAACUCGAAUGAGAUUAUCUAAGUAUGCAGCAUACAAUACAUACCACCACUGUGAACAGUGCCAUCAAUAUAUGGGCUUCAAUCCCAGGUAUCAGCUUUAUGAGUCCACCCUGCAUGCUUUUGCCUUUUCCUAUUCCAUGCUCGGAGAGGAGAUCCAGCUGCAUUUUAUCAUCCCCAAGUCAAAGGAGCACCAUUUUGUCUUUAGUCAACCAGGAAGACAGCUGGAAAGUAUGAGGUUACCGCUUGUCACAGAUAAGAGUCAGGAUUACAUAAAAAGCCCCACUUUUACUCCCACAACUGGGCGUCAUGAACAUGGACUUUUCAACCUGUAUCAUGCAAUGGAUGGUGCCAGCCAUUUGCAUGUUCUAGUUGUCAAGGAGUAUGAAAUGGCCAUAUAUAAAAAAUACUGGCCGAACCACAUCAUGCUAGUGCUGCCGAGUAUUUUCAACAGUGCUGGAGUAGGUGCUGCACACUUUCUAAUAAAAGAGCUGUCUUAUCACAAUCUGGAACUAGAACGAAAUCGGCAAGAAGAACUGGGGAUUAAACCCCAGGAUAUCUGGCCUUUCAUUGUCAUUUCGGAUGAUUCCUGUGUUAUGUGGAAUGCGGUAGAAAUCGAUUGUUCAGGAGACAGAAAGAGUGAAUAUACAUGGACUGAAAGGAACGUUUCCUUGAAGCAAAUUCUGCAACACAUUGAAGCAACCCCUAAUGUCACUCACUACGCCUUGAUUGGGAUGAGGAAAUGGUCUAGUAAAACAAAUAGUGGUGAGAUCAGGGAACCAUUCUCCUGUUGCCAUGUACAUGACUUCAUCAUGCUGAAUGUGGAUCUGACUCAGAAUGUCCAAUAUAACCAGAACAGAUUUAUGUGCGAUGAUGUUGAUUUCAACCUGCGUGCCCACAGUGCCGGUCUUCUGAUCUGUCGGUUCAAUCGCUUCAGUGUCAUGAAGAAGCAAAUUGCAGUAGGAGGACACAGGUCCUUUCAUAUUAAGUCUAAGGUUUCUGAAACUCCAGUCUCAACCGCACCUGCUCAGUAUAUCUGUGCUCCUGACAGCAAGCACACCUUCUUAGCAGCACCUGCUCAGCUGCUGCUUGAAAAAUAUCUCCAGUACCACAGCCAUCGUUUCUUUCCUCUUUCACUGAAGAAUUAUAGCCAUCCAGUGCUAUCUGUGGACUGUUACCUUAACUUAGGACCACAGAUUGCAGUUUGCUAUGUGAGUUCCCGACCUCACUCUUUGAACAUCAGUUGCUCUGGUUUGAUGUUUAGUGGACUCCUGCUUUACCUCUGUGACUCCUUCGUUGUAGCUAGCUUUUUGAAAAAGUUUCACUUCCUGAAAGGUGCUACCUUGUGUGUUAUUUGCCAAGACCGCAAUUCUCUUCGCCAGACUGUUGUCCGGCUAGAACUAGAAGAUGAAUGGCAGUUCCGACUGAGGGACGAAUUCCAAACUGCCAACGCCAAAGAAGACAGACCACUUUUCUUUCUGACUGGACGACAUAUUUGA